AUGUUCUGUAAUCUUGACGGUCUCCCUGGUACUGGUUCAUUAACACUAAAUGGAAUACCAUUGCCAGAAAGUACUGAAUUCCGCUAUCUAGGAUCUCUGUUGCAGAAAGAUGGCAACAUUGAUAAGAAGAUUACUAGAAGGAUCAAUGCAGGGUGGUUAAAGUGGAAACAGGUGACAGGAAUAACUUGUGACAAACGCAUACCACUUAAAGUAAGAGGGCUAAUAUAUAAAACUGUCAUUAGACCCGUGCUUAUGUAUGGGUGCGAGUGCUGGCCAACGACAGCCACCGAAGAGAAGCGAUUGCAUGUGGCAGAGAUGCGUAUGCUGAGACUGACAUGGUUUGGACAUGUGGUGAGAAGGAAUGAGGAACAUGUAACAAAAAAGGCAUGUAAUAUGAAAGUACAGGGAGAUAGAGGUAGAGGAAGACCUAAGAAGAGGUGGAUUGAGUGUGUAAAAACAGAUAUGGAGAAAGUGGACUGGGGAGUGGAUGAAGAAACAGUUAGAGAUAGACCAACGUGGCGCAAAUUGACAUUCCGGGCUGACCCCAAAUAA